AUGGUGUUUCUAAUAUUAUUGCUGAUUUCUAUAGUUGUCAACUUAGAAUCAAUCAAAGUUCCAAUUCCAAAUUAUGAUGUUGAAAGUGUUAAUGGAGUUUUGAGAAGACGAAUUCCAUCAUGGGUGAGAUUUGGAAAAAUAGUUAAUUUUUGAGCGAAAUGGUUUUUUUUAGAUGAUCGAGCAGUUUGAUGUUAUUCAAGUUCUAAGUUCGGAUGACAACAAAAACCAGGUGAGAAAAAUAAGAGAACACGGUAUUUAAAACGUGAACAUCAGCUUGUGAAAUAAGAAUAAGAUUCUAAAUUUUGAAAAAGUUUUCAAAACAGUAUUUUUUCAACAUGGGAAUUUAACUAUAUAUUUACAUACAGUAGGAAGUCUAGUUACAAAUUCAUGAUUCUAACUAAAUUUUAAAAAAUUGAAAUUAUAAAUGAACUCUUUCCUUUUUACUCAUUUCUUUCAAUUCUCAUUUUCAGCUCCCAGAAAAUGGUGAAGCAAAAAUACGAUUCGAUGAAUCUUCUCGUCGAAGUGUUUAUGCAACAACUCCAGUCGAUGCUCUUUUUGCCAUAAAUGUAAAAAUAAUAUUAUUUCACUUUUAAAAUUUCAAAAUAUAUUUGCAGUCUUAUCUUCGAUCUGAAUGCUAUACUCAAAUAUCCUGGUCAAAUAGUUCUUUUGGAAAUGAAUGCAAGCUUCAAAAACCAAUGUCAACUAAGAAUUUCAAAUCGAAAAAGUGAGUUUUAAUUUGCCCAGUUUGAAAAAUUAAAUCUAAAUUUUCAUUUGUUUUUAAAGAAUUCGAUAUUUCGGAAAUAUGUGCACAUUUUCAUAUUCAUUUGUUUGGUGGAAAUGGGAAGAAUGGGAAGAAUUUAUCGAUUGGUUGGCAUUGAGUGGGUUACUGUAGCUGGACAAUUUUGAAAAUAACGUCAAAAAUCAUUUUCAGAUGGCUUUAAUAGUGUUCUGAUGCCGAUUGGACAAGAAUUGAUUUGGCGAGAUGUUUUUAUGUCAUUUGGAGUUUCGAGAAAACAAUUGGAUGAUUAUUUUACAUCGCAAGCUUAUUUGGCGUGGUUGGUUCAAAUCUGGGGUUUCAAAACAUUCUCUGAUCCUCAAAAAAUUCAAAGCUCAAAAUUGUAUGAAAAAAACCAAAAUUAUUCCCAAAAAUUGUUUUUUUUUCCCCGAACCUCCAGAAAGAUCAAAUUUGAUUACAGAAAUCCAGAAUUUUUAAAUCAGAAUAAAAAACUUCGGGAUUAUUUUUUUUCAAUGAAAAAUUUGAAAUUUUCAGGCAUCGAAUGGGAAAUUUGAAGUCAUACGGUGUCGCAAUUUCAGAUGAUCAAAUGGAAAAAGAUUUCGAAUUAGCAAAAAGAAUCACAUCUCGAUUUGUUGAACUUGGAAUUGUUCCAAUUCUCCCAACAUUUGCUGGUUUUGUUCCAGAUUCGAUGGCAAAACUAUUUCCCGAUUCAAAAUUCAAUAGAAUGCCGUGUUGGAAUAAUUUCACUUCAGAAUAUUCGUGUUUAUUGACUGUUUCACCAUCUGAUCAAUUAUUUGGGAAAAUUGCUAAUCGAUUUUUGAAAGAACAAAAAAUGCGAUUUGGUGAUAUAAGUCAUAUUUAUAGUGCAGAUCCAUUUAAUGAAAUAACACCGAAAAGUUCGAAAUUUGAUGCAAAAUAUUUGAAGCAGAUGGCACAAUCGAUUGGCGGAUCUUGUAGAAAAUUCGAUAAAAACUGUAUUUGGCUUCUUCAAUCUUGGCAAUUUUCUUAUGAUAAAUGGCCAAAUUGGGCGAUUAAAACAUUCCUUUCUGCUGUUCCAAUCGGACAAUUAAUAAUUCUUGAUCUUUAUGCUGAAAUUGAACCAUCUUGGAGCUCAACAAACUCUUUUUAUGGUCAUUAUUUUGUUUGGUGUUUACUUCAUAAUUUUGGAGGAACUCGAGAAAUUCGGGGAAAUCUGAAACAAAUUGAUAAAGGAUAUCAAUUGGGAAUUAUGAAAAAUUCGAAAAAUAUGAUUGGAGGUGGAUUAACAAUGGAAGCAAUUGAUCAGAAUUAUAUUAUUUAUCAAUUUAUGAUUGAUAGAAUGUGGACGGAUAAUAUUAUUUCGAUUAAUAAUUGGUUGAAAAUAUAUAGUGAAUCAAGAUAUUCAACAAAAUCUGAAUUGGCUCAUAAAUUAUGGUCACUAUUGGCUCAAACGUUUUAUGAUGAGCCAAUCAGAACACAUCGAUUUUCGGUUUUUCUUUAUCAUCGACCAGGUUUUGAGAAACGAAUUCAGGUAAAUCGUGUCCCUUUUCCUACUUAACCUCAAACUUUUCAGUAUUGGUUCUCCGUUGAAAAAGUGUUUCCUCUUUUGAAAGCUAUCAUUGGCCAAUUGCAAAAUAUGAUAGGAAGAAAUGCAUUAUUUGUUGAAGAUUCCUAUGAUAUUCUUCGAAGUAUUUUACAAUAUGAAGUUGGGAAUGAAGCAAUUCUCACGUUAGGCGAAGCAUAUUUGUUGGAUGAUCGAGAUCAAGUUGCAAAUAGCUGUGAUUCUUUGAUGGCCAUGUUUGACAAAAUUGAUGAAUUGGCAAAUCGUGAUUUGGUCUCAUGGACAAGCGCUGCGAAACGUCUCGCUGGAAGUUCUGAAGAGCGUGGAUUAUUCACAAUAUCUUCUAGAGAUUUGUUGACGACUUGGGGAGAACAGGGGGAAAAUUUAGGUGAGCAUCAAGCAUCUAUCCCUCGACUUACAAUUAGUGAUGAAUUUCAGACUACGCGCACAGAGAAUGGAGAGGACUGAUCUCGGAAUACUACUCCAAGAGAUGGGAAUAUUUCUGCGAAUGGAUUUUGGAGAAUGACUCAUUCAACAAGACAGAAUUUGAUUCUAAAAUUUUUAAAUAUGUAGAAAAGCCAUUUCUUUUGAGUUUUUGA